UUCUUACAUAGCUAUGGUAGAAAGAGCCAUGUUUGUACAUGCAUUUAUGCAUUAGCUCAUUGCACGCCAAAGAAAUAAAGGUUUUUUUGUUAAAAUAAAGUUUGCCUGGGUAUAUUUAUUGAUAACUAUAUUGUUACAUAUGUGGUUACGAGAAGGGUGAUAAUGAUGAUGCUGCGGCUCCUGAGAUUCCAAGAUAAGUAAUCUUGAUGUCCAAGAUUCAAGAGCUUAUUGCGAUGGAUUAUGGGUAUGUAGCUUUCCAUCACCAUAGGGACAAGGACAUUCACAAUCGUUGCUGCGGUGGCAAGCUCUGGUGCAUCAAGGACAUAUGUGGCAUUAUUUGUGCUGUUCUCACUUGGCUGCUCAUCAUUUAUGCUGAAUUCGUCGUCAUGGCAGUUAUCCUUGUGCCCACGAUCAACACCAUUUACUCUAGUCUAAAUGUAGCGAUAUUCCAGUUGCUAACUCUUCUGGCCUUCAUUUCUCACCUAAAGACCAUGUUCACGGACCCAGGUGCAGUACCCAAAGGCAAUGCUACAAAAGAAAUGAUACAACAAAUGGGAUUCAGAGAAGGUCAAGUAAUCUUUAAAUGUCCAAAGUGUUGCUCCAUCAAACCAGAUCGAGCACAUCAUUGCUCAGUAUGCCAAAGGUGCAUUCGAAAAAUGGAUCACCACUGUCCUUGGGUCAACAAUUGCGUUGGUGAAAACAAUCAAAAAUACUUCGUUCUUUUUACUUUUUAUGUUGCCGUCAUUUCUUUGCAAUCACUGUUUCUCUGUAUUCAACAAUUCACAAGUUGCGUGAGGCAAGAGUGGCGUGACUGUACAACCUUUAGUCCACCAGCUACGGUAGUCCUACUCUUAUUUUUGGCAUUUGAAGCUCUUCUUUUUGCUGUAUUUACUGCCGUCAUGUUCGGUACACAGCUUCAAGCCAUUUGGAAUGAUGAAACUGUAAGUAAUAUAUCGAUUUUUACUUUGUUGGCUGAAUAA